AUGAAGAGACUCGGAGUUGACCCACCAUGUGGAGUUCUCGACCCAAAGGAGGCUGUGCUUCUCGCUGUCUCCUGCGAUGCUUUCGCUUUCGGACAAGAGGUUGGACACCAACAACGACUGUAUCCAACACUCCAGACGGCGCCGCCAAGCAAUUCCGUCGUGAAUGGUUCCAGGGAGACGGAAUGGUCCGUCGCAAGAACCUCCCAAUCGAGUACAACCCAUAACUCUGGUGCAUCCUCUUUUCCGAUAUGA